AUGGAAUCAAAUGGAACGCGCAAAGGGCCGCUGCCUGGAGGUCGCCAGGGCGCGUCUGGAGCUGGCGCUGGACGCGACAGCAUGCGAACCGCCAGCCGAGCGCGAGGUGCUGCACGACCACCCAGCAGAUCCUCGCAUCCAUCAUCCCCACCAGCUGGCUUGGUGUCGGCAGGGUCUUCGCGGGCUCAGCAAUCGGUACCCGCCACUGGUGGAGUACGCCGCAUGCGUUGGACAACCCAGAUGAACAGCAACGCAUUGCGGGCGUAUUUUAGGGCGAAAGGGGGAGAAACUGGAGGUUUUGCGUAUCGGGCAAGGAUGCAUCGACUUUUUACUGAGCUGGAGCCAUCUGUAACCGUCACCGAGCAAAACCUGGCAGACCGAGUUCGGUAUAUCUUGCGCUCAAAUACAUUUGAUGUCACCGAACUCGAACGGCUACGACGUGAGGCUGUUCCUUCAUCGGGUGAAAAUGCUGCGGCUGAGGAUGCGGCACCACAACUUGCUGAGCAAACGGCAAAUGUGGAUGCCGUCGUGAAUACGCCAGUUGUGGUUGAUUCAAACGAUGAUGGAACAGUCGCCCAGGAACUGGAACUAAAGCAAAUGAGGAGUACAUUGGAAGAGGCGAUUGUGGAAACGCGCAGUACGACUCUCGAAAAUCGACCGCGACUUCCCCGCUUAGCCCUAAGCAAGCGGAAUCGGGCUGUCGUGAGGGCUCUGAACCCAAUGCUGGUUACCUAUUUGGAAGCCAGCCGGGACCUUUGCGAUACGGACUCAAUUCUUUUUGGCGCCGCACUGGCAGUCUGCCGUAUUAUAGGUGCCAAACUUUCCACGGCUGGACGCGCUACUGGACAAAGUAGUGCUAUCGCAGCCUGGAGAAUAAGAAUUGAAGAACUUAUCGUAAGGGAUAGGAUCCUCAUCGGUAGACUGCUAUGCUUCAGGUCAGGCAGGCAGGAAUAA